AUGUCUUCCUCUUCGACACAAAUCGCCAGCGCAACGAGGCCAACAAUUAGGCGUGAUGUAGAGAUGACGGCAAGUCCUACAAUGGAUCUUGAUGAACGGCAGCAUGAAUCUCAUAUAAUUGAGGGUUCUCUUCCACCUACAGACCGUGGGAAGGAUGCUUACCUGACUCUACUCUGUUGCACCAUGGCCCAAUUACCCAUCUGGGGCUACUCAGUCUCAUUUGGCAUAUUCCAGGAAUACUACUCCCGCCCAUCAAGCCCUAUUAGUAAGGAGUCUUCUGGCACGAUCGCAACGAUCGGGUCACUACAACAAGGCGUCAUGUAUCUCAUGAUGCCCUUCGCAUUCAUGGUUCUUACCAAAUACCCUCGUUUGCGUCAAUAUUGUGGACCUCUUGGUCUUCUUAUAACAACAACUAGUCUUACAGCUUCAGCUUUCGUGGACACUGUCGCAGGACUCAUUGCGACUCAGGGUGCUCUGUACUCGAUUGGCUGUGGCCUCCUGUUCAGUCCGAUUUCGCAUUAUAUGAACGAGUGGUUCGUUGAGAGGAAGGGGAUGGCUCUUGGCGUUAUGUGGGCAGGCAAAUCGGCGACUGGUAUCGCCAUGCCCUUUGUAUUUGAUGCCUUGCUUCGUCGGAUUGGUCUACGCGCGACUCUCCUGGUCUGGGCUGGUACAUCCGCUGCAAUGUGUCUUCCCACAUUGUUCCUCAUCAAACCUCGGAUCCCACAGCAUAACCAAGUUCAGGUUCGGUCACUGUCAUUUAACUUUCUUCGCCAUACUUCUUUUUGGAUGAUGCAAGCUGGCGUGAUCAUACAGUCACUAGGAUAUCUCAUGCCGAGUACAUACCUAGCAAGCUACGCGUCAACAAUUGGACUGCCCAGUAUCACCGGCCCCAUCCUUCUCGCGCUAUUCUCAGUAGCAUCAGUCCCGGGUGGCAUUGUCCAUGGAAUGGUGGGUGACAAGACAUCAGCGACUAGAGCUGUGACUAUUGCGUCUGUGGGAAGCGCACUACCUAUCUUUUUACUCUGGGGCCUGAGUUUAAACCUCGCCAAUCUAGUUGUCUUUGUUGUUCUAUAUGGUUUUUUCGCAGGUGGCUUCAGCUCAACAUGGUCCAACAUGUCAUCAGACAUUCAAAAGGAUGACUCUGAUGCCGAUUCAGCGCUCAUCUUCGGCAUGCUCAUGGGCGGGCGAGGGAUAGGUUUCGUCUCUGCAGGUCCAUUGAGUGGUGUUUUAUUACAGGCCAAAGCAUCUUUAUCUGACGAGGCGUUGGGUUAUGCGACGAAAUACGGACCAAUGAUUUUAUGUACAGGAGUCACGGCUGUGUUUGGAGCUUGGGCGCCGAUGUGGAAAGGUGUGAAAGUUGCUUUGAGAGUGUCUGACGAUGGUGGCAAUUGA